GCGAGAGAGUAGGGAGGGCUCGUGGGGGCUGGCUUUGGCAGGAACCACAGGAGGUCCAGGUAAUAUAAGAGGAGGCCACUGCAUUAGCCAUCACACACACACACACACAGUAGGACCUACCUACCCGCUGUCACCCAGUCAUAAUACAGGAGGUUAGCUGAGCAGCACUGAACCAUGGGAAAACAGAAGAUAUUCAUGGACAAGCUGGCACAGACUUUCCAGAUCCGUAACUUGCUGCUGCGCCAGGCCAUGGCAGAGUGUCUGGGUACCCUCAUCCUGGUGAUGUUUGGUUGUGGUGCAGUGGCUCAACUGGUGCUUAGUGGAGGAUCUCAUGGCAUGUUCCUAACUGUCAACUUUGCAUUCGGCUUCGCUGCCACCCUAGGGAUCCUGGUCUGUGGCCAGGUAUCAGGAGGCCAUCUCAAUCCGGCAGUAACCUUUGCCCUCUGCCUGCUUGGGAGAGAUCGCUGGAGAAAGUUUCCAGUCUACUUUGUCUUCCAGACACUGGGAGCUUUCCUGGGCUCCGGGAUCAUCUUUGGUCUGUACUAUGACGCUCUGUUGAACUAUGCUGGAGAACUCAUUGUUACCGGGCCCAACGCCACCGCUGGCAUCUUCGCCACCUACCCUGGCAAACAUCUCACAUUGGUCAACGGCUUCUUCGACCAGACGAUUGGCACUGCAGCAUUGAUCGUCUGUAUCCUGGCCAUCGUGGACCCCCAUAACAAUCCCAUUCCCCAGGGCCUGGAGGCCUUCACGGUGGGCUUUGUGGUGCUGGUCAUCGGCCUGUCCAUGGGCUUCAACUCUGGCUACGCUGUCAACCCUGCCAGGGACCUGGGGCCACGCCUCUUUACCGCUCUGGCAGGCUGGGGCACCGAGGUCUUCACUGCCAACAAGUGCUGGUUCCUGGUGCCCAUCUUCGCCCCAUUCCUGGGCGCCAUCAUUGGUGUGGUGGUCUAUCAGCUGAUGGUUGGCUUUCAUCAGGAGGGUGAGGUUCGUGACAGGAAGAGCCAGGAUGAGAGAGUCAAACUGACCAACAUCAACUCAAAGGACGCCCUAAAAGAAGAGAUGUUAUGAGCCUCAAAACCUCCAGCAUCCUCCAUUCUCCACCACUACCACUACCAGCAUCCUAUACCCCUAAACUCAGCCUCAGUGGGGUACAGUAUGGUCUCCUUGAGGGCCGGUGGGUCCCUUUUCACUCUUAACUCCGACAGCUGUGUGUCUGUUAGUCUGUAAGGAGACAACUACAGUACGCACGCAAAUUAUGGACCUCAAUCUUUCUCUAUAAUGUUGCCACAGUAUAUCUAUCUCUAGGCGUCCUUUGUCUUACAUUGUAGCUGCAUAGUGUCCUUAAGUAAGAGGGGAGGAAGUAAACACUCAAACACAGAAUUAUAUUAAUUCAAAAUGUUUGGAAAUAAUCAAAGUUUAUAACCUAGUGUCUUUAUCUCUUCUGUUUGGACCGUAUUUGAUGUUUUAUACUAACAUAGCGUUUUAAUGAUUCCGUUGUAUUUAUAUGCUGUGGACAGAUAGUACAUGUGUCCCGAUCAAAUGAAAUGUGUAUGUUUUAGUGAGUCCAUGAAUUUCAAUGUCAACCAGAGGCCUCAUGCCAUAAGAUUUUUAUACUUUAUUUUUUAUUAAUUACUAAACUUAAUUUUUAAGCCCAUGUUUUAUCAGAAUUAUUUAUAAAAAGAUCUGUCAGUGGGUUUCUCCCUAGUAAGCGGUUGCUUCCAAGGUGCACUAUGGCGCAAAGAUAUGCUUGGCAGGAUGCUAUAUACUCUAGUGUCUGCAGACAGAAUCGUCACUGGAGGAGGAGAGGGGAAUGUUGAGUGACACACACAGAUUUGAUUUCAGCUGCAGGUGAGGGGCAGGACUUGAUUAUAAAUGAAUUUGAUCAAGCUAUGUAGCCUAUUGAUUCCUUCUUGAUGAAUUAAUUAAUCUCUGUAAUACUAGCCACAUAGCAAUUUUAUUAACUUGCUUUAGCUAGCCAGCUAGAAAGGUUCCCAAUCUCCCAGCCCCAUAACUAGCUACCAAGCCAUUUCAGGCUAUCAAUCAAGUUAGAGUAGCUUGUCUAUCUUAGCCGGCAUGCCUGCCGACAAGGUUGCUAGUCUUUAGGGUUAUAAUACUAUAUACCAGUGUGGCAGUUGUACUAAACUCCUAAGGCAUAAAGGUUCUAAGGAAUCAAUGAGCAUCAUUCAUUAAAAUGGCAAUUGAACAGGUAAAGAGGUACACUUAAAUAACCUAUGCAGAACAAUAUACAUCUUUUUUUUAUAAUAUAUUUUUACAUAGAAUUAGGCAUAAUGAUUAUGCCUCUAGAUUGCAGGAAAAAGCUGUUUCAGGUGUUUGAAAAAUGUUGUUUAGCAGAUGUUAUUGUGGGUGUAGCGAAAUGCUUGUGUUCAUAGUUCCAACAGUGCAGUAAUAUCUAAUAAUACACACAACUCUAAAAGUAAAAUAAUGGAAGUAUGAAUUAUAUAAAUAUUAGGAUGAGCAAUGUCGGUGUCCGGAAUAUGUGUGUAUAUAUACAGGGUUGGGGAGUAACGGAUUACAUGUCAUUGGUUACAUGUAAGGGACCCCAAAAAACUGUAAAUGUACCAGUCAAAAGUUUGGACAAACCUACUCAUUCAAGGGUUUUUCUUUAUUUUUACUAUUUUCUACAUGGUAAAAUAAUAAUGAAGACAUCAAAACUAUGAAAUAACACAUAUGGAAUCAUGUAGUAACCAAAAAAGUGUUAAACGAAUCAAAAUAUAUUUGAGAUUCUUCAAAGUAGCCACCCUUUGCCUUGAUGACAGCUUUGCACACGUUUGGCAUUCUCUCAACCAGCUUCAUUAGGUAGUCACAUGGAAUGCAUUGAAAUUAACAUGUGUUUCUUGUUAAAAGUGAAUUUGUGGAAUUUCUCUCCUUCUUAAUGUGCUUGAGCCAAUCAGUUGUGUUGUGACAAGGUAGGAGUGGUAUACAGAAGAUAGCCCUAUUUGGUGAAAGGCCAAGUCCAUAUUAUGGCAAGAACAGCUCAAAUAAGUGCUGGGUCCUGGUGCUCAUCUUUGCCUCAUUCCUGGACGUCAUCAUUGGUGUGGUGGUCUAUCAGCUGAUGGUUGGCUUCCAUCAGGAGGGAGAGGUUUGCGACAGGAAGAGCCAAGAGGAGAGAGUCAAACUGAUCAACAUCAACCCAAAGGACGCCCUAAAGUAAGAGAUGGUAUGAGCCUCAAAACCAACCAGCAUCCCCACCAGCAUAUGUGGGAACUCCUUCAAGACUGUUGGAAAAGCAUUCCAGGUGAAGCUGGUUGAGAGAAUGCCAAGCAUGUGCAAAGCUGUCAUCAACGCAAAGGGUGGCUACUUUGAAUAAUCUCAAAUAUAUAAAAUAUAUUUUGAUUUGUUAAACACUUUUUUGGUUACUACAUGAUUCCAUAGGUGUUAUUUCAUAGUUUUGAUGUCUUCACUAUAAUUCUACAAUGUAGAAAAUAGUAAAAAUAAAGAAAAACCCUUGAAUGAGUAGCUGUGUCCAAACGUCUGACCGGUACUGUGUAUAUCUAUGUGUGUGUGUGUGUGUGUGUGUGUGUGUGUGUGUGUGUGUGUGUGUGUGUGUGUGUGUGUGUGUGUGUGUGUAUGUGUGUGUGUUUUCUGCAUACCUCUUUACCUUUUACCUGUCCAAUUAUCCUUUUAACGAGGAUGUCAAUUCUGACUGUUGUCAAUCACACAUCUCAAUGCACUGCACUAACAUGACUAGGAUAUUACAUCCAAAUUGCAACACAGUACAUGGGAUCAUAACACACAUCCUCAAUACAUGUGGUAUAUAUCAUGGCAUCAUAAUUGAUACACAAAUAUCAUGAUAUUAUCAUAAAGUGGCAGAUUACAUUUUAAACAAAGUCUUUUUCUGAGCUGUCUGUAUGUUACUGAUCAUCCGUGUGUCUUUUUUCAUAGUUUUGAUGCCUUAUUAUUAUUCUACAAUGUAGAAAUAGUAAAAAUAAAGAAAAAUCCUUGAAUGAGUAGGUGUGUCCAAACUUUUGACUGGUACUGUAUAUAUAUAUAUAUCCAUUGAUACUUGAAGAAUAUAACUUAUAAAUGCCUCAUGAGCUUAGUUCAACUGUCACACUCCAUGAGAACCCAAAACAUAAGCUUGUUUUACGCCAAUGUUUGUAACAUGGUUAAAAAUAUACUUUUUAUAUAAUGGAUGGCCAGUCCUUGCAUCAAUAGCUCUGUCUAUUCAUCUGAGAGUGGUUAUAAUUCUCCAGGCCCAUCCCUCAUCUUUUUACUAAAACAGAGGCGGGCUGACCGUUUUGUUAUUGUUUCAUCUGUGGAUUUGCCCUUUAAUAAAUCCUCUACUGACUCCCCAUCCCACAUGCGGGAGCGUAAUCAUCGCCUGACACUAAUUAGCAUAACGCAACGGACAUAAAUAUCCCUAGAAAAUAUUCCUAUUCAUGAAAAUCACAAAUGAAAUAUAUUGAGACACAGCCUUUUGUUAAUCACCCUGUCAUCUCAGAUUUUCAGAUUUUCUAAAUAUGCUUUACAGCCAAAGCUAGACAAGCAUUAAGUUUAUCGAUAGCCUAGCAUAGCAUUUUGUCCAGCUAGCAGCAGGUAACUUGGUCACGGAAAUCAGAAAAGCAAUCAAAUUAAAUCGUUUACCUUUGAGUAGCUUCGGAUGUCUUCAUUCACGAGACUCUCAGUUAGAUGGCAGAUGUUCCUUUUCUCCCAAAAUACUAUUUUUGUAGGCGAAAUAGCUCCGUUUGUUCUUCACGUUUGGCUGAGAAAUCGCCCGGAAAUUGCAGUCACGAAACGGCGAAAAAUAUUCCAAAUUAAUUCCAAAUAAUAUCGACAGAAAUGGCAAACGUUGUUUAUAAUCAAUCCUCAAGGUGUUUUUCAAAUAUCUAUUCGAUAAUACAUCCAUCGGGAUAAUUCGUUUUUCAGUAGGACCGAUUGGAGUAAUGGCUACCUCUGUAUUUUACGGAGAAUCUCUCUGGGGGCAUCAGGUGACCACUGACCACUUUCGCAAUGUAGCCGCCUACGGCUAUUCUUCAACAUAAAUGCAUAAAACUACGUCACAAUGCUGUAGACACCUUGGGGAAUACAUAGAAAGCGUAAUCUGGUUGAUGGCUCAUUCACAGCUCAAUAGGGACUCAUUGGAACGCAGCGCUUUUAAAAUAUGGUGCACUUCCGGAUUGGAUUUUUCUCAGGCUUUCGCCUGCAACAUCAUGUCUGUUAUACUCACAGACAAUAUCUUUACAGUUUUGGAAACGUUAGAUUGUUUUCUAUGACAAUUAAAUGCAUAUUCUAGCAUCUUGUCCUGACAAAAUAUCCUGUUUAAAACGGGAACGUUUUUUUUCCAAAAAUGAUAAUACUCCCCCUAGAGUCGCAACAGGUUUUAAACAGCUGCAAAUUAUCAAGAUAACAAAGUGUCACCAAAUAAAAGGUUAAAGGCCUAUAGCAAAUGCAGCAGCAUAUGGCAUUCAUUUUUCACAUGUAAAUAGCACUUUUCAGUAGUGCUCAAAGCAGGCCAUUCCAUGAGUGCAGCAUUUCUUUUUCAACUCGAAUCAAUGAGCCCAAUCAGUCCUUCAUGACAACAGAGUAGGGUUUGCUAAUAAAUCCUUAGUUUUGGGGUCAUGCUCAGGUAAAAAAAUUAGGCUAAUCUAUACUUCCAUAUUUCCAAGUGGUAUAACAUUUAUUUGGCAUAAUUUAAUCGUAUUAUUAUAUGUAGUAGAAAGUGCUGGGUUAGAAGAAGCCCACAUAACUAACCCAUAAAGUAAAAUGUAACAUCCUUAUAUGGCCAGCUAGGUAAACUUUAACAUUGAUUUAUCCUGCAAUAGAUGUCGUUCAAUUGGUAACAUACAUUUUGUCUUCUUCUAAUGUCUCUUAAAGGGAAAGUAAUCUAAAAGUAACAGAAUGUAAUCAGAUUGCGUUACUGACUUUGGGUAAUCAAAAAGUUACGUUACUGAUUACAAUUUCGGACAGGUAACUAGUAACUGGAACUGAUUACAUUUAGAAAGUAAUCUACCCAACCCUGUGUGUGUGUGUGUGUGUGUGUGUGUGUGUGUGUGUGUGUGUGUGUGUGUGAGUGUGUGUGUGUGUGUGUAUAUAUAGCGUUCAAGCAGCAUCCUUUGAUUGUUUCAUGGCGACACAGCCCUUUGACAUCUCAUGGGUCAGAGAGGUGAUUACCACUCUGUUCCGUUCCUUCAUCAGCCAAACCUGAUGGCUUUCCCAACAUAUGAAUACAAUUGAGUUCAUUGGGUUCGAUUGCCAGCAUUUCUUGCUCGUGAAUAUUUGCAGUAUUAAGACAUGUCAAUAAAACCAUUGCCGUGUGUGAA